AGCGUCUCUCAAAGUAAAAGGUUUUUCCAAAAUGAAAACUUUGCUGCAUUACUUGUUCCUCCUCUGCUUCAUUAUCCUCCUCCCUGCAGUUCAUAGCCAAUGUAUUAAAGACCAGCAACAAUCGUUACUCCAUUUGAAGAAAAGCCUUCAAUUUGAUCAACCUUCAUGGCGAACCCCGCUCAUAUCUUGGAAUUCAAGCACCGACUGUUGUUCUUGGGGUGGUGUUAAUUGCACUAGCAAUGGGCAUGUUGUUGGUCUUGACCUUAGCUCUGAAUCUAUCUCCGAUCCAAUUCCAGGAUCCUUUGCCAACUUUCCAAACCUGAGGGAGUUGGACUUGCGUGGGAACUACAUCUCUUAUAUUCCAGGUUCCUUUGCCAACUUUUCAAACUUGAGGGUGUUGCACUUGAGCAGCAACAGCAUCUCCGGUCCAAUUCCAGGAUCCUUUGCCAACUUUUCAAACCUGAGGGUGUUGGACUUGAGCUCGAACAACAUCUCCGGUCCAAUUCCAGGAUCCUUUGCCAACUUUCCAAACCUGAGGGAGUUGUACUUGAGUAGGAACCACAUGUCUUAUCUAAUUCCAGGUUCCUGUGCCAACUUUUCAAACUUGAGGGUGUUGGACUUGAGCUUGAACCACAUCUCUAGUCUAAUUCCAGGACCCUUUGCCAACUUUCCAAACCUGAGGGAGUUGGACUUGAAUUGGAACGACAUCUCCGGUCUAUUUCCAGGAUCCUUUGCCAACUUUCCAAACCUGAGGGAGUUGGACUUGAGUCAGAACCAAAUCUCUGAUCUAAUUCCAGGUUCCUUUGCCAACUUUUCAAACCUGAGGGUGUUGGACCUGAGCUUGAACAGCAUCUCCGGUCCAAUUCCAGGUUCCUUUGCCAACUUUCCAAACCUGAGGGAGUUGGACUUGAGUUUGAACCACAUCUCUAAUCUAAUUCCAGGUUCCUUUGCCAACUUUUCAAACCUAAGGGUGUUGGACUUGAGGUCGAACAACAUCUCCGGUCCAAUUCCAGGAUCCUUUGCCAACUUUCCAAACCUGAGGGACUUGGACUUGAGUAGGAACCCCAUCUCCGAUCCAAUUCCAGGAUUCUUUGCCAAUUUUUCAAAGUUGACUUCCUUGAGUCUCAGUAAUUGUCAGUUGAAUGGAACAUUUCCCAAAGAGAUCUUUCAGGUACCUACUCUACAAACUAUUGACCUUUCGGAUAAUUUUAAACUUGGUGGUUCCUUGCCAGAAUUCCCCAAGAAUAAUGGAUCUCUUCAAUUGUUGAUUCUACGCCAGACAAACUUUUCAGGGUCACUGCCUGAAUCAAUUGGCAAUCUCAAAAUGUUGUCUAGGAUAGAUCUUUUCAAAUGCAAUUUCACUGGAUCAAUCCCGUCGUCGCUCUUUUCUCUUCCCUUAUUGUCAAAAAUAAACCUUUCCUACAAUCAAUUCUCUGGUGAACUUGUAUUUUCUAAUGUCUCUUCCAACUUAUAUACCCUUGAUUUAAGCUUCAACCAUUUGGAAGGACAAAUACCGGUUUCUAUAUUUAAUUUUCGAGGCCUUCAAUCACUUCUUCUUUCUUCCAACAAUUUCAAUGCCUUUCCGUUCAAUGGCCCUCAACAGCUGAAAAAUCUUAUGAACAUUGACCUUUCGUACAAUAGCUUGCUGAGUUUAUACAAUGGUACUAAUUCCUCAUAUUCCUCAUUUCCUGAAAUUAUUUCAUUGAAUUUGGCUGCUAACAAAUUGAGAACAAUCCCAUAUUUCUUGAGAAAUCAAUCCACAUUAUCCAGUUUGAGCCUUUCAGAAAACCAUAUCCAGGGCAAGAUACCCCAUUGGAUUUGGAGUUUCAAUCAACUUGAUUCCCUAAAUCUUUCUUGUAACUCCUUGGUUACUCUGGAACCUCCUUUAUAUAUUUCUACGGUGAAAACUGUUGACCUUCAUUCAAAUCAACUUCAGGGACAAAUCCCCACUUUCCUACCAUUUGCCAAGUAUUUGGAUUACUCAAGAAAUAAUUUCGGCUCUAUACCAUCAAAUAUUGGUGAUGUCCUCACAAACACACUGUUCUUCUCUCUUUCGAGCAAUAACUUGCAUGGGUUCAUUCCAACAUCAAUAUGCAAUGCCCCAAAUAUUCAGAUUCUUGAUAUGUCUAAUAAUUCUCUCAGUGGCAUGAUUCCCCAAUGCUUGACUGCAAUACGCGAUAUCAGUGUACUUAACUUAGAGAGAAACAAACUCACUGGAACUAUUUCUAAUGUUGAAGUUUCUAAAGAUAGUUCAUUGGAAAUUCUAGAGAUCGGUAGAAAUCAGUUACGUGGCCAGGUUCCAAAAUCUCUAGCUAAAUGCACUGAGUUGAAGGUUUUAAACAUGGGAAACAAUAAUAUAACAGAUAGCUUCCCAUGCUUGUUGAAGAGCAUUUCCACCUUGCGUGUCCUUGUUUUGCGGUCCAACAACUUUUAUGGAGGUAUUGAAUGUCUCAACACCAAUGGCACCUGGCCAGGGCUUCAAAUCAUAGACCUAGCUCACAAUAAUUUCAGUGGUGAAAUACAGGGAAUACUUUGGAGAACAUGGCAGAAAAUGAUGGUUACCGAAUUUGGUUUCCCAUUGACAAUCAAAGGCCACAAGCUUAAUUCUCCAACGGGCAUGGACAACCAUCCAACGCAAAUUUCCCGUGAGCCAACGGAAGUUUUUUUGGGCUUUGAGUAUGGUAUAAGUAUAACAGUUACCAACAAAGGUUCAGAGAUGAAUCUGGUAAAGAUUCUUUCUAUCUUCACCUUGAUUGACUUCUCAUGCAACAAUUUCAGUGGACCAAUACCUAAGGAAAUGGGAGAAUUGAAAUCACUACAUGCCCUUAACUUGUCCAGAAAUGCUUUCACAGGCGAAAUCCCAUCCUCAUUUGGUAACAUGAGCGCACUCGAGUGCUUGGACCUGUCACAGAACAAGCUGACCGGGCACAUUCCACCACAGUUGGGAAAACUUACUUUCCUUUCGUUCUUGAAUCUCUCAAAUAAUCAACUAGUCGGCAGGAUCCCAACCAGCACUCAGUUUUCAACAUUUCCAAAAGCCUCAUUUACAGGAAAUAAAGGACUAUGGGGGCCUCCUUUGACAGUGGAUAACAAAGCAGGAUUGUCACCACCACCAACAGUGAAUGGAAGGCCUCCAAAUUCUGGACAUCAUCAUGAGGUUAAUUGGGAUCUUAUCAGUGUCGAAAUUGGAUUUACAUUUGGCUUUGGAGUUGCCAUUGGGUCACUUGUGUUGUGCAACAGAUGGAGUAAGUGGUAUUACAGAGCUGUGUGCAACAUCCUUCUCAAGAUAUUUCCUCAGUUGAAGGAAAGAAUUGGUAUAUUCAUCUAA